AUAUUCGAAACCGUUUGAACGGCUGCAAGCAGAUUAAAUACGCUGUUCACAUAAGCUCGGAUAAUAUAAAGAAGACAAAUAUAUUUAUUAUUUUUUCCAUCGUUACAUCAGUUACAUUUGGUAUCAUUAUUUUAUUACCGUUACUAUAGAAAUUUAACAGAAAUGUCAGACGUCAGUGUGAAUGCGUUCGAGGCUCACAAGAAUUUCAUCCCGAUUGUGUUCGACAAGGUUAUUCCCGGAAAUCACGAGAAAUACGUGUAUCAUGACGAUGAUGACACGUCCUCAGAUUCGGAUUCGAAUUCUGAUGCUGACAGCGACUCUUCGGAGGAUUCAAUUGAAUUCCUCAUAUUCGACGAUGAUGACGUCAUUGUCGUUAUGCAGGAGGACGAUGAUGACGAAGAUUAUUCUGAGUACGGGUUACCUGGUACGAUGGGAGUCGACGCAUUUGCCCUUUACGCAAUAGACAGGGAGCCCUAAUUUUAUUACAAGUUAGUACCAAUAGUCUACCGGUAUUACGUUUAUGCAUGUUUAUUAUUUUAGAAUUGUUUAAUUUACGUAAAAAACAUUUAUGUUUUUCCAUAAAUUAACAAAAAAAACAAACCGAAAAUAAUAAUAAUCGAAACGUGAUAGUCCAGCCAUAAUACAUUCCAUAUUCAUUUGUCUUAAUUGUAUUCUUAUUAUUCAGUGUUAUUUAUGCGUUUCUCGUGUAUUAUUAGA